GCUGGAACAAAUUUUGCGGCGCAUCAACAAAUCCAUUAAAAAGUCCCAUCCAUCAUCGCUCCAACAGACAAGACAAACUCAUCAUCAUCAAUUAUUCCCACUCUGACUCGGUCACACAUUUCCUCACAAUGAUUUUCGCCACCCGAUCCGCAAUUCAGCUCCGGUCCGCCACAUGGCGCGCCGCACCGCGUUUUACGUCAACCCGUCUGCUCUCCGUCGGCAGCAAGAGCGGAACCACUCCGGCCCCAAUUGAGCCGUCAGAGUCGCAGGCCAUCCCGCUGGGCAAGUUCUACGAGUACAUCCUGAACGAGCCCCAGCCCAUCCCGGAUGUCAAGCCCGAAGAGCCGCCCGUCACCGCCGCAAAGUCGGCAAAGGCCAAGUCUAGCAAGGCGGCCGAGUCGGGCAACGGCAAGAAGGCGUCUGCCUAAGUUUUGCCUCUGUUAAUGAUGGAUUUUUCUCGAGGUGUUGGAUGGGUACUGGGUCUAUCAAAGGUUUGCCCCGUGUGCAGCCUGGGAUUGGAAGUGAAUGGCUUUUUUUUGAGCUCAUCAACUAGGUAAAAAGGCAGGCAUACGCAUCGCCACCUUUCUACGUUAUCGGCGAGAUCUGGGGGCUUCUGAAAAAUAGCGGGCGGACCCGCAAAUUGUUUCGAUUCAACCUUUCGAAAAGUGUCUAUGACAUAGGAUGGGGGAAAACGUACCCCCUCGCAACCCCACUGGCAUAUCUGGUUCUUACAAAUCUAGCAUUGGUUCUAUCUCUCGAAGCUUGAAUUGUUUCGCAACGCUCAUACCCUG